GACGAUAUACAUCACUUCGCAGUGAUUGCUCCAUCGCCCCGUCAUUGCUUAUCCCCAGCAGAUUCGACUGUUGACUGCAAUGAGGUAGUUAAGGCGUUGCGGAUGUUCGCUGACCAUAGCGCUCACUGGUUUAGAUCAUCUGCUGUUCUUUUGCAUUAUCAUAGGUGGCUCAAUCCAUAUUCCGCUGCACUCUUAACGCCUCAGUCAUUCCCUUUCGUGAACUGGUCACCUGACGUAAAAGGGCCAAUAGGAAACAGCGGUGGAAGGCAAGACAACCAAUCAUAUUUUGAUGACAUAACUUGGUAUAAGUCAAGAAAUUUAGCUCCAACUGGAUAUGUCAUCUAUCAUGGGGAAUAUAUCAAUGCUAUAAAACCACUAGCGGAUGAAGAGAAUGAAGGCUGUCCAGUGUAUGGAGUGAUCGACCGGAAAUGUUCAACGCAUACAUUUCACUUGGAACAGGGCGAAUAUCUUACUUCUCUCGAGGUACGUGCUGGCGCGUGGAUUGAUGGGAUACGCUUUCACUCAAAUAUGAAAUCUUCUAUAUGGUUUGGAGGACAAGGCGGAGAUUGGUAUCGAAUGACACCAGCAUACGGAGAAACUAUCACCGGAAUCUUUGGAACUUAUGGGAAAUAUGUUGGAUCGCUGGGCGUUCGUUUAAGUAAGUGCUCCGAUAUGUCUAUCUUCACUUCAACACCCACUAUCCAAUCAGAUAUUGGGAUUGGUUUGGUAGAAUUGCGUGAGAAUGAUGAACUGCUGGACUUCCGAGAGUUUGUCCAGCGCGCAGUUACGGUGUUUAGUUUGCCCGAGUCUUGGUGGAACCUGGGCACGAAUGGAAAGGAACUGUGUUUAGUGACAGUAGAUGUUGGCGGUAACAUUUCAAGAUUUUGUUUUGUUGGAUAUGAAAAGUUCGUGGAGAAUUGUUCUCUGGUACACACAAUCACAGACGCAGAUGAUUUGAAGGUUUUAGAAUCCCGUUAAUCUUAGUGCCAAAGCCAGGAAAUGGUAAAGAGCCAACUGCACCUCUUUUCUUUUACGAGAAGGCGCAAAUAUCCUCUGUUGUGCAUGAAGAUACAUUUGUUUUGCAUUUUAGGUGUUCACUAUAGGGGCUGCCAAUUUAGCUCCUCGGAUCUUCUUUCAUAAAUUCUGCCCGCAAUCAAUAUCGCAGCCCUAUUUUAUUAUUUUUGCAAUUUGUUUAAAAGAUAAUCUGAACAAUCCCUAACAAGCCUGCAAUUAUCAAAAUGUGUCAUCACAAUAGCUUUUUAUAUGUUACCCUUACCGCUGUUCCUUUAUGCCAAUGUCAUUACACAACACACAGGAUAUACAGAAUGUAACUCCAAUGUUCUUUUAAUCGCGUUUAUAUCACAAAGGACAGCUUACUUUCUUCGUUUCUAAAGCCUAUAUUAAUAUAAUUAAGGCAACACAGAUGGCAGAUAUAUAAUUGAAUAGCGGAAAUAUAUUUCCAAUUGCAUGAGUGUACAUCAGAAAUAUCUGAGAAAUAUCUGUUUAGUAUUUUCAGUACGCAAAAAUAUUUCCUAUUACGCAGAAAUAUUUCCAGUAUGCAAAAAUAUUUUUUCAGUGCCCAGAAAUAUUUCCCAGUACGCAGAAAUAUAUUUUCAGUACGCAAAUAUUCAGAUACAUACCGACUUUAAGACCACAUUCAGAUAUACAAAGAUAUACUGAGAGAUAAAUAUGUUAUUCACUGGCCGUGAGGUCCGGGUUCAAAAAUCAGGACUGAGAGCACAGUUUUUUAUCCGGACCUCGUAGCCGGUAAAUAACGUUUUUAUUUUAAAAAAUAAAAACCUUGUGUAAGUUAAAAAUAAUUAUGGGUUAUACGAGAAAAUAUUUUCAAUAAAUGCCGCCUUUCUGUUACCAAGGGAAUCGCAAAUAGA